AUGUCGUCCCGCUCAAAAGAAAAAUUUGCUGCCGCCUUCCGGAAGUUGUUCCGAUCUUCGGAAAAGCUUGAUAACGACGGCGCUGGACCCAGCGGAUCACCUGCCAGGCGGGGUCUUCUUCGUCGUCACAGGGAUGGUGUAAGCCCAGCUGAGGCGGCAGCAAGUCUGCCAGCUAGUCCCGGGGCGACAUCAAUGGUCAAGAAAAAGUCAGGCGGUGCCAGUGAAGUCCGAGAACGAGCUGCAGUCGUCCGCAACCGAAGACUCAUGAAGGAGCUCAAAGAGAUUCAACGGUUACAAGAGGAUCGAACAGACCCGGUAUUUACGGUGGAACUAGUGAACGAUAAUCUUUUCGAAUGGCACGUCCGUUUACACAAGAUAGACCCGGAGAGCGACUUGGCUGCGGAUUUGCGCGAGCUCCACAUACCUAACAUUCUGCUCCACCUCAUCUUUCCUGAGAAUUUCCCCUUCGCGCCACCUUUCAUGCGUGUUAUUGAGCCUCGGAUAGAAAAGGGCUUCGUAAUGGAAGGCGGUGCGAUAUGCAUGGAGCUUUUAACACCUCGAGGAUGGGCGUCAGCCUACACCGUGGAAGCGGUCGUUAUGCAAUUCGCAGCGUCAGUGGUCAAAGGUCAGGGUCGAGUUGCGCGCGCACCACCGCGGCCCUCCCGAGAGUUCUCCCGGCGUCGGGCCGAGGAAUCUUUUCGUUCCCUUGUGAAAACUCACGAUAAGUACGGCUGGGUCACUCCCGCUCUCUCCGAUGGUUGA